UCUGCUUUAAUCGCAGCCAGAGCCACGUCAUAUUUGUGUGCCGCUGUGGAGCGAGCUGUGCGAGCUGGCUUCCGCGUUUUUACAUAAAAUUACAUUUCCACAAACGCAAACAUGAAUAUAUUUCGGCUGCUGGGUGAUCUAUCGCAUCUCCUAGCUAUUAUUGUACUUCUUAUCAAGAUAUGGAAGACGCGGAGCUGCGCCGGUAUCAGCGGCAAGUCACAAAUACUAUUUGCCAUUGUUUACACCACUCGUUACUUAGAUCUCUUCACGACGUUUAUCUCGGCGUAUAACACUUUUAUGAAGAUCAUUUUUAUUGCCGCAUCCUUCGCCACGGUCUUCUUGAUGUACGUCAAAUUCAAAGCUACUUACGAUCAUAAUCAUGAUACGUUCAGGAUUGAAUUCCUGAUUUUACCUGCAUUCGUACUGGCGCUGUUGAUCAAUCAUGAACUGGCUUUCAUAGAGGUCCUAUGGACGUUCAGCAUUUAUCUAGAAUCAGUGGCAAUAUUACCACAAUUGUUCUUGGUAUCAAAGACAGGCGAGGCAGAAAGCAUCACCAGUCAUUAUCUAUUUGCAUUGGGAUCUUAUAGAGGACUGUAUUUAUUUAACUGGGUCUACCGUUAUUAUGCUGAGGAUCAUUAUGACUUAAUCGCUAUUGUCGCCGGAUUGGUACAGACAGUUCUUUACUGUGACUUUUUCUACCUCUAUAUUACCAAAGUACUGAAAGGCAAGAAGCUACAACUACCCGCUUAGCUUUGGUUAAGAGUAUUAUCCUCUUGUAUUGAAGAAGCAUUUGACUGCCUGUUUUCGAUAAUAAUUGUCGAUUCAAGAUAAAUUCGGGCAAUCUUGGGAGGCUCGAGAAACGUGCAGCAUACGUUUCUGCUAAGUACAGAGUGUUUCGCAGCAUUUUUCCUAUUUUUAAACACUUCCUUCCUUCCAUCAUGCAUCACCUCUUGUGCAAUCCUAUGCUGCGUUUUCUAGAAAUCUAAGUUCCCCUCGUUAUUCUUUCGUACUUUAGUUCAACAAAUGUACAUUAUUAUAAAAUCAAGAUAUCAUAUGAAUUUAGAUAUUUAACAAACAAAAAUCGGAGUAAAAAAAUGAAUCAGAGACUUUCAUUUAUACUUACAGUUUAUAUUGUAACUUUCAGUAAUAAACAUAGUAAAUUAAAUAUAA